ACACAGAAACACAAUAUACGUGACUCAUGACUUCGCGAAUUUCUGAUAUUCCCGCGCUCAUCAAGCAAAACAAACGUGGCUAACUAGCUAGCGUUAGCUCUUCUUAUAAAUAUAUAUCUUAUAUUCUUAAAUAUUUUAUUAACGUUACAUAAAUCUAUAUGGAGGCUGAAACUUUUUUGGACGUUUUUUGCCUGGGACCAAAGAAGACGACGGUAAUCCAUGGAAGGUGACAUGAAGUUGUCAAGUCGUGAGUUUUGUCCAACAACGUCUGUCUUUAUAUGAGAUAACGCUAGCCAAAGUUAGGUACCUAAUAGAUGUUUGAGCCCAGUGAAAGCGCGGGUGAAUUGGGGCUCACCAUUGUGGAAUCCGGUCAUAUGUUGGUGUCCCAAGGUCACGAUCUUCUGGAUGGGUUUUCCGUGCUUGAUGCUCCAAGCUUCCUCAAAGUUCAGCAGAAAUCAGAUGCCCUACUUUUCCGUCUGACUGUUAAGGGGGAGAGUUGUUUGAUCAGGUUGCAGUUCAGUGGCAGCAGGGCUGAGGCCCUGGAGGAGCGUGGCAGUGCAGUACUCAGACUGAAGGAGUACCUGCCUGUCACCACACAGGGGGGGCCACCACCACUCAGCUGCCCCCCAACACCCAAUCAGCCCCCUACCAAGACCACUGCACAGGAUCAACAGGCGAGUGCUGGGGAGGCUAUGGCUACUGAACCUAAGGUGGUCCAGGGCUCUUCAUCCAUCAAACGUCUUACCCAGCACUUCCUGGGCGAGCAUGGUCUGUCCUUGCCCCUGGUGUCCUUGCCCCUGGUGCCACAGUGCUCUGUUCCGUGGGGAGCUGGAGCCCUUCCUCUGCCUGUGUCUCUUGGACCCCAGCUUCCCUGCCUUGGUGGAGGAGGUGGAAGGGGAGCUGAAGAGAGUGCUCCAGGACUGAGGAGCUGAAGCUCAUCAACACGAACAGCCAGAGGGAGACAGGUCAACUCACUACACACAGUACACAUGUGGGUGGGAGGUGGGUUGUGGAAGAGUUGGGGGAUGUGUUGUUUAGAGGUCGACCGAUUAAUCGGAAUGGCCGAUUAAUUAGGGCUGAUUUCAAGUUUUCAUAACAAUCAGAAAUCGGUAUUUUUGGACACCCAUUUGGCCAAUUUUAUUUUUAAAAGAAAUGUACAACUUUAUUUAAUCUUUAUUUAACUAGGCAAGUCAGUUAAGAACACAUUCUUAUUUUCAAUGACGGCCUAGGAACAGUGGGUUAACUGCCUCGUUCAGGGGCAGAACAACAGAUUUUUAUCUUGUCAGCUCAGGGAUUCAAUCUUGCAACGUUACAGUUAACUAGUCCAACGCUCUAACCACCUGAUUACAUUGCACUCCACGAGGAGACUGCCUGUUACGUGAAUGCAGUAAGCCGAGGUAAGUUGCUAGCUAGCAUUAAACUUAUCUUAUAAAAAACAAUCAAUCAAUCAUAAUCACUAGUUAACUACACAUGGUUGAUGAUAUUACUAGUUUAUCUAGUGUGUCCUGCGUUGCAUAUAAUCGAUGCGUAUCGUUGCUCCAAUGUGUACCUAACCAUAAACAUCAAUGCCUUUCUUAAAAUCAAUACACAGAAGUAUAUAUUUUUAAACCUGCAUAUUUAGCUAAAAUAAAUCCAGGUUAGCAGGCAAUAUUAACCAGGUGAAAUUGUGUCACUUCUCUUGCGUUCAUUCCACGCAGAGUCAGUGUAUAUGCAACAGUUUGGGCCGCCUAAUUUGCCAGAAUUUUAUGUAAUUAUGACAUAACAUUGAAGGUUGUGCAAUGUAACAGGAAUAUUUAGACUUAUGGAUGCCACCCGUUAGAUAAAAUACGGAACGGUUCCGUAUUUCACUGAAAGAAUAAACAUUUUGUUUUCGAGAUGAUAGUUUCCGGAUUCGGCCAUAUUAAUGACCUAAGGCUCGUAUUUCUGUGUGUUAUCAUGUUAUAACUAAGUCUAUGAUUUGAUAGAGCAGUCUGACUGAGCGAUGGUAGGCAGCAGCAGGCUCGUAAGCAUUCAUUCAAACAGCACUUUUGUGCGUUUUGCCAGCAGCUCUUCGCAAGUACAGCGCAGUUUAUGACUUCAAGCCUAUCAACUCCCGAGAUUAGGCUGGUAACUGAUGUGAAAUGGCUAGCUAGUUAGCGGGGUGCGCGCUAAUAGCGUUUCAAACGUCACUUGCUCUGAGACUUUGAGUGGUUGUUCCCCUUGCUCUGCAUGGGUAACGCUGCUUCAAGAGUGGCUGUUGUCGUUGUGUUCCUGGUUCGAGCCCAGGUAGGGGCGAGGAGAGGGACGGAAGCUAUACUGUUACACUGGCAAUACUAAAGUGCCUAUAAGAACUUCCAAUAGUCAAAGGUUAAUGAAAUACAAAUGGUAUAGAGAGAAAUAGUCCUAUAAUUCCUAUAAUAACUACAACCUAAAACUUCUUACCUGGGAAUAUUGAAGACUCAUCUUAAAAGGAACCACCGGCUUUCAUAUAGCUUUCUUACAUGGCACAUAUUGUACAUGGCACAUACUAUACUUUUACUUUCUUCUCCAACACUUUCUUCUCCAACAAUAUUUAAAACAAAUUGAACAUGUUUCAUUAUUUAUUUGAGGCUAAAUUGAUUUUAUUGAUGUAUUAAAUUAAGUUAAAAUAAGUGUACAUUCAGUAUUGUUGUAAUUGUCAUUAUUACAAAUAUAUAUAUUUUUUAAAUCAGCCGAUUUAAUUGGAAUCGGCCCUGUUUGGUCCUCCAAUAAUCGGUAUCGGCAUUGAAGAAUCAUAAUCGGU